UUUAUGGUAACGACAACAUUUUGAAUUAUUAUAAUUUCCCGCACGUGUAAAUUAUUGUAUAUAACGUAAAAUUACGGUAUUUGCAAAAAACACCGAUUUUAUUUACGUUAACGUGUUGCGUUAUGGCCGUGAUCCAGAUUGCGUGUCCUGUUAUUGCGCGGGAACUUGCGGUAUUUUUAGUUUAUUAGUCGCAAGUUUAUUUCUGAUGCGUCGGUUUAUUGUUUUUGUUUUCAUAGCAUACAAUGGUUUUUAGCAUGAUGAUAAGUACGUAAGAAUUAGUUAAAAAGUGAACGUGAAAAUAAAAAAUGAGUGAGCAAGAAUUAUCAAGGGAUGGAGGGACAGACAUUGGUUUACCGCCGCCUGCUCCAUCAUCCACUUCGUCGGACAAUGCUUCAAUCAGCACAACAGCAUCAACAAUACCAAGAGGACCUGAACAUGCAAGACCUACAACUCUGCCCAAGCCGUCCGGGCUGAAACAACCUUCAAAGAUUGGACGACUGUGUUCCAACGCUGCACCCAAGCCUGCUAUUCCCAUCUCACCUCGAUCUGACGUCAGCUCAACGGACACCCUGAGGAAAUCGAGCGACGACUAUUCGCGAAAACAUUUAUCAGAUUUGAUCGAGGCCGAAGAAGACGAGGUGUCGAGCAGUCUACCCGAUAGGCAUCGCAUGUUUAGAAAGGCAUCCACCGCUAGCAGCUCCUUCAGCGGCAACUCGAUGGACGCACUUUGGGAGAAGCAUCCCCGCCGCCUCAGCGAGGCAGGCCUGCGGAGGUCCUCAGACCACAGCGUCGUAUUAACAGAGGACACAGAUAGCUUCAUAAUUGGGGAAAGGGUUUGGGUAGGCGGGACUAAGCCUGGCCAAAUAGCGUACAUUGGCGAAACACAAUUCGCACCUGGAGAUUGGGCCGGUAUCGUCCUCGACGACCCAAUCGGUAAAAACGAUGGAUCUGUUGCGGGAGUGAGAUAUUUCCAAUGUCCGGAAAAGCGGGGAGUAUUCUCCCGAUUGACGCGGCUGACCCGAGCGCCGCUGGUAGGGCACGCCGCUCACGACGCAUCGCCGGUCUCCGAUGCCGGCAGCGUGUUCGAACGACCACCUUCAGGUGCUGCGAGGCCCAGGCGCACGCUCUCUCCUAAUGGAAGCGUUCGCAGUAUCGUUAGCAGUAAGAUGAAUGCUUCGAUUUCAGCAACAGCGAACGGAGAACUUCGCCUGGGGGACCGCGUUAUAGUAUCGAGUAGUCGCGGCAGUAAAGCAGGGAUUUUGCGUUAUGUUGGAGUUACCGAAUUUGCGACUGGGGUUUGGGGCGGCGUCGAACUCGAUGACCCUCUCGGAAAAAACGACGGUUCCGUUGACGGGAAGAGGUACUUCGAGUGCGCACCACGUUUCGGCCUUUUCGCGCCGAUUUCGAAAGUAUCGAAGUCGCCGUCGAAUAGGAAGCCGGGCGCAAAGUGA